UUAUUUUGACAUGACAUAAACUGACGUGUUUGUGUACGUAUCAGUCUUGUUGUUUAUUUAAACUGAUCAAAUAUAAGUGAUUACUAAGCGAUAUAACACAUUCACUGUAUUUGUAAAACUUUAAAGAAUCUUUAAAAAUGUUGAAAGCCGUAAUUCUUAUUGGAGGACCUCAAAAAGGUACCCGCUUCCGACCCUUAUCUCUCGAUACACCGAAGCCACUCUUCCCUAUCGCUGGACUUCCCCUCAUACAGCAUCACAUAGAAGCAUGUGCCAAGCUGGAAGAAUGCAAGGAGAUCUUAAUCAUAGGCGCGUACACAACCAACACAAUGAUGCAGUUUGUCAAUGAUAUGCAGAAAGAAUAUCAUGUUAUUAUAAGAUACCUCCAAGAGUUCACACCCCUGGGUACGGGAGGUGGGCUCUAUCACUUCAGAGACCAGGUCCGGGCCGGCAAUCCCGCUGCAUUCUUUUUACUCAACGGUGAUGUUUGUGCAGACUUCCCUUUGAAAGAGCUGUGGCAUUUCCAUGAAGAGAGACCCAAUGCUUUGGUAACAAUAAUGGGUACAGAAGCGACACGCCAGCAGUCUGUCCACUACGGUUCCAUGGUACGCGACAGCGCCACGAAGUCGGUCUCUCACUACGUGGAGAAACCCAACAGCUAUGUCUCAACACUCAUCAACUGUGGAGUGUAUGUCUGUUCGCUACAAGUCUUCCAUACCAUGGCCGACGCGUUUCAGAAGAAACAGGAUGGGUUUUAUAGUGGUAAUGGUCAAGGCUCCCCACACCCUGGUUACAUGUCAUUUGAGCAAGAUGUGUUGAUGCCCCUCGCUGGGACCAACAAGCUGUAUGCUAUGCAGGUAACUACCUGGUGGUCCCAAGUGAAGACAGCAGGCUCUGCGAUCUACGCCAACCGUCACUACUUAGAGCUCCAUAGAGACCGAGUGACUAAAGACAACCCUUGCACGAUACUACCCGAUGUUUUUGUACAUCCUACGGCUACUGUCGACUCUACUGCUGUGAUUGGCCCUAACGUAUCCAUUGGAGCUGGCGUGACGAUCAAAGCUGGCGUCAGGAUCAAGGAGUCCAUCAUACUGAACAAUGCUACAGUACACGAUCAUGCCCUAGUUAUGUACUCCGUUGUGGGCCAAGAAGCGUCGGUGGGUGAGUGGUCCCGGGUAGAGGGCACCCCUUCGGACCCCGACCCUAACAAGCCCUUCGCUAAGAUGGACAACACGCCGCUAUUCAACACCGAUGGGAGACUCAACCCUUCCAUUACGAUACUGGGCGCAGGCGUUGUAGUUCCCGCUGAAACUAUCCUACUGAAUUCAAUAGUGUUGCCACACAAACAUUUAACAAGGAGCUUCAAACAUGAGAUUAUAUUAUAAUGUUAUAAAGGAAAUUGUUUUAUAUGACAUAACGAAAUAAUUGAGACCUAAGAUAUUUUUGUAAUUUAGGUAAAAUUUAUUAGAUAAUCAAAUAAAAUAUAAUACUUGCUUCUUUUAUGAUUUUCCGGUCAUGUGGAAUACAAAUAGUACAACAAGUAAGUUUUAUGGAUUGAAACAAAAACACGAUGCUCAUAUUAACCUCUCAUAUCAAUUAUUUUUGUGACCUAGGCACCCAUUCGCAUAUUCGCAAAAUAAAUGAAUUGAAU